CGGGUGGGCGGGGUCCGCGGCCAGAGAGCGCGUGUGUUUGGGUCCCGGCGGAUCCGUCUGAGAUUCGCGCUGAAAGCCGGGCCGACUCCAUGGGUUGGUCUCAGGAUUUGUUCCGUGCCUUAUGGAGAGCGCUGUCAAAGGAAGCGAAGGAGCAAGUCGGCACAGACCUGUUCGGGAACAAAUACUACUAUGUUCCGGAAUACAGGAACUGGAGAGGACAGACUAUUCGAGAGAAAAGAAUUAUAGAAACAGCAAAUAAAAGAGAAGUCGACUAUGAAGUAGGGGACAUCCCAACAGAAUGGGAAGCUUGGAUUAGAGGAAAAAGAAAGACUCCACCUACGAUGGAGGAAAUCCUAAAGAAUGAAAAAAAUAGAGAAGUCGUUAAAAGGAAAAGCCAAGACCUUUAUGAAGAGGAAAAACUCCUUAGCAAAGAGAAUGAAGAACUUUUGGCUCCACCAGUUCAGACUCAGAUCAAAGGCCACGCCUCUGCUCCAUACUUUGGAAAGGAAGAACCCUCAGUGGCUCCCACCAGCACUGGUAAAACCUUUCAACCAGGAUCCUGGAUGCCACAAGGCGGCAAGAACCCCAAUCAAUGAAUGCACUGUGGUAAUACUUCAUUUGUAUGUAACUUUUUUAACAAUAAAAGAAGUAAAGAUUA